CCGGUCCAUCGUGUACGGUACGCACGUAGUGUGUGGUGUUCCGUUGGCGUGGGGCAGGCCAGUCGAAUUUGAGUACAAGCCGUGACUAACAACACACAACGCAGAAGCCUGGCCGCAAUUCACAUCACUCACACGACAACUAAACAAGGACCGUGUUGGACUGUUAGCAUGUGACCGUGGUUGGAGCCACAUGCGACCCUUGUGAUCUCAGUGCUGACUCGGUCAUAUACUGUGUUGCCAUUCUUUUCUCCAACUUGAUGAACUAUCGGAAGUUACAAGCUUGUGGUAGAAGUUUACGAGUUAUUUCAUCGAUAAUCUACAUCUUUUACUCAAAUUUUUGGGGGUUGGGGUAUAAAUGCCAUGAAUCUAUCAGGAGGAUCCAUCGAGCCACAAAACUCAGACAUGCCAGCCUCUGUACAUCACCCUCCCACCUCCCUACAACACCACCAUCAGCACCAUCCGCCAACUCUGCUACUCCGAACCGAGAAACCGUACCCACGGACUCCCAAAUGCGCCCGCUGCCGAAACCACGGCGUGGUCUCGGCGCUCAAGGGUCACAAACGCUACUGCCGAUGGCGGGACUGCGUUUGUGCCAAGUGCACGUUGAUCGCCGAGCGUCAACGCGUUAUGGCGGCACAGGUAGCGUUGAGGAGACAACAGGCACAAGAGGAAAACGAAGCUAAAGAAUUGGGGCUUUACUACGAGACUUCUGACGGGGCUAUCUAUGCGAUGAACGGGGUUGCCGUCCAGACACACAAGCCUUACGAUCAGUACCAUGGCGGUACCAGUCCCGAAUCUAAAAGGCCCAGGCUGGAGAUUAUUCGAGCACCAAGCAGUCCAUCAGCAAGCUGUGCCUCCGCUUUAAGUCCUCCUAACCCCGCCUCCCCGAACCUGACAGUGGAGCCACACCCAAGGACAGACCCCGACAUAAUAUCACAGAGACACGUUGAUGAACGAGUGUCCCCACCCAUGAGGCUGACCUCCCCCACGCCUAGCCCGCGGGGUGACGUGCCGUCUAGUCCCCGCUCUGAAGGUAGCGGUCGUAUGUUACGGGAGGACUACACCGACCGGGACUCUUACCGAGAGCACAACGGUAGCGGGUUCGUAGACCAGCUCAGCCCGGCCCAGAUCCUGAGUUUCCACGGUCGGUCUAAGGGACCUCAGAGGCCACCAGUCGAUGUCUUAUGCCGAUUAUUCCCGGCUCAGAAACGUAGUGUGCUGCAACUCGUCCUACAAGGCUGUAAUGGGGACAUCACUCAGGCUAUUGAGCAGCUUCUCAACAACCAGAGAGACGAGCAGUCCACCACGUCCAUGCCAACAUCUCUACCGGUCACAGGAGCGCCAGUCACGGCAGCCUUACCGGCCAAUUUCCCACCGACAGCCACCGUCACCACGGACUCUCAUGGGGCUUACAUCACCCACAGACCCUAUCUACCGAACAGUCAACACCUGAACCCAGGCGGUAUGAAGUCGGCCUUUUCUCCCCUAACCACGGCCAUCCCGGUGCCUAACGUUGAUAAGGCUCCUCCCACGGUAGUUGCUUCUAACAUCCCACAGAUGCGAUUUGCUUACCCUCCCUACCCCCGGGGAUUAACCCUCUGGAACCCCUACCCUCCCUCCGUCAUACCAACAGCAUUCGGGGUGCGACCUGCUACUGCUGCAGACUACACGUUCAGUGGAAUCAUGCGUGAUCUCAGCAACGGCCAUAGUGGGAAGGAUUGUCGGCCAAACGGAACAUUUGGUGUUGGUGCAACCUGCGACUAACAAUUACCAAAAAAAAGUUAAAUUAAAAGACUCUACUGAGAGACUUGUUUGUGGGGAAAAUUAAAUUAUCUAAAUGUCUUAUCAACUUUCAUUGCCAUUCAACUUGAGUUAAGUUUCAAAUUAUCUCACUUUCUUGCAGUUCCCGGUGAGCCUAACAUCCAAAAAAAUAAUAAUAACUUGCCUUGACAAUGUCUAAUACCCGAUAAACGUGCAGAUUCAUUAAAAAAUAUGUUUUAGAACGACAUCAGCAUUGAUGAAGGCCUAAUCACUACCCUAAUCACUACCCUUAGCACCCCCCCCCUCCCCCUAGAUACAUGGACGCGAACCCUGACACACUUUUGCCAAAUACCAAUGCUCUCCUUUUCAGGUAGUUGGCGUGCAUUUCUUCUUAUUGUCAACCUAGAAACCCGCACAAUGUACCGGUUUUUGCUGAUGUCAGUCCGCAUCUUAUUUCGUUUAAAUGUAGAGUCCAUUGCAUCGACAGAGUACGAACUCGUUUCUUCGCACCUGCUAACAUGGACUUAUCCACCAAAAUGAAAUGGAAUUCUUCCUAAUGUUGUAUGAAGG